AAGCAGUAAAAGAACUGAAGGGAAAUCCAACUUAAUAACUGGAGGACAAUCGUAGCCUUUUUAUCUGUAGUCUGGUCUUUUGAUUUAAUGGGUUAUCCACAAAUAUUUGUCCAGACAUGUGAUUUGUCACAAAAUAUCCCUUUUUUUUCCAUUAGAAGAACAAAAACAGGAAAAAAAAGGAUAAUUUUCACAAAUGAACGGCAUCAUAAAAAGUGAUUACGUUGCAACUUAAAAUGGAAAGUAUGAGUAAAAGUAUAAAACGAUCAUUGAUCUGUUGUCAAGCGUGCGUUCCUAAGUAUUUAACGUGACGAGACGCCGUUCAGGACGCUGAUUGGUCUCGCUGGAUAUGUGGGCGUGGUUUAAGGAAACCAGGAAGUGGCGUUUCGUACUGUAAAAACAAAAGUCGCAAUGUAUGUAAAUAUGAAAGCUCGUGGUAUUUAAAUGGCCAGCUGAGUCAUACAAGCCCCAAAACAAUUUAAAUGCCACGUUCGUCUCUCUGUUACUCCACUAACUGAAGAUUAAGCUGUAAAACUAAUUUGACUGACGCUGCGGUGGCUUAAAAGGGUGCAAUUUUCCCUGCAUUUUAAGCGAUCAAAUUGUUUAUUCUUGUCAACACUUGCUUUGUUAGCGUUUUUUAUGAACUCACGAAGCCUGUCAAUCCAGGUAUUUGUGCUACGUGUGCGUGUUGAAAGGUUGACACCCCACACUGAUAUCUUUACUUCAAGAUCCAGCGAACAAAAAACAAGAGGACUUGUCGUUGGCGUUACAGGCCGUAAAGCAACAACAUCGCAACUCCAGGAGCGACGGGGGAAGAGGACAUGAUAAUCGUGGAACGGGCCCGUAUUUCCAUUCUGCAGCGCCUACGCCGAGCUCAUUGAGUCGGUGAGCAGCAGCGUCCGACAUGGGGAAGGAGGUAAACGGCGUUUCGCGGAGCCGGUUUGAGAUGUUCACAAAUAGUGACGAGGCAGUCAUCAAUAAGAAGUUGCCUAAGGAGCUGUUGCUACGAAUUUUUUCCUUUCUGGAUGUGGUGACACUCUGUCGAUGUGCCCAGGUUUCACGGUCCUGGAAUGUCUUGGCCUUGGAUGGCAGCAACUGGCAGCGAAUCGACCUCUUUGAUUUUCAGAGGGACAUUGAGGGCCGCGUGGUGGAGAACAUUUCAAAGCGAUGUGGAGGCUUCCUUAGAAAACUAAGCUUGAGGGGUUGCCUGGGUGUUGGUGACACCGCCUUGAGGACUUUUGCACAAAACUGCAGGAAUAUUGAACUACUUAGCCUGAAUGGUUGCACCAAGAUUACUGACAGCACGUGUAAUAGCCUCAGUAAGUUCUGUCCAAAGCUGAAGCAUCUGGACCUUGCCUCUUGCACCUCAAUCACCAACCUGUCUCUUAAAGCUCUCAGUGAGGGUUGUCCUCUGCUAGAGCAGCUGAACAUCUCCUGGUGUGAUCAAGUCACAAAGGAUGGCAUCCAAGCCCUGGUGCGCUCCUGUCCCGGACUUAAAGGCCUUUUUCUUAAGGGCUGCACACAGCUUGAAGACGAGGCUCUGAAGCAUAUCGGGGCACACUGUCCAGAGCUGGUCACCCUCAACCUGCAGACAUGCUCACAGAUCACAGAUGAGGGCCUCAUCACCAUUUGUCGAGGUUGUCACCGCCUGCAGUCUCUGUGUGUGUCGGGUUGUGCCAACAUUACAGACGCCAUCUUGCACGCCCUGGGACAAAACUGCCCCCGUCUCAGAAUAUUAGAAGUGGCCCGCUGCUCUCAGCUUACAGAUGCAGGCUUUACUGCAUUAGCAAGGAAUUGCCAUGAACUUGAGAAGAUGGAUUUAGAAGAAUGUGUACAGAUCACAGAUGGAACUUUGAUCCAGCUGUCCAUUCACUGCCCUCGCCUGCAAGUCCUGGUGAGUCCGUGCUCCCGCCUCGAUCAUCUGUUUGUUUCUGUUGCAUUUGAAAUGACAUCUCUGCUUGUUUUGAGUAACCGGGCUCCCCGCGGUGGCACCGCUGUGUUCCCUCAGAGUCUGUCUCACUGUGAGCUGAUCACAGACGAUGGCAUCAGACACCUCGGCAGCGGCCCCUGCGCUCACGACCGCCUGGAGGUGAUCGAGCUGGACAAUUGCCCCCUCAUCACAGACGCCUCCCUGGAGCACCUAAAAAGCUGCCACAGUCUGGAUCGCAUUGAGCUUUACGACUGCCAGCAGAUUACCCGCGCAGGCAUCAAAAGACUAAGGACUCAUCUGCCUAACAUCAAAGUGCACGCGUACUUCGCUCCCGUCACUCCACCCCCGUCCGUCGGGGGCAGCCGUCAGAGGUUCUGCCGCUGCUGCGUUCUGCUAUGAUGCAAAGACAACCACCCCCAGCCCCACUUCUCAGCGUGUUUCCUCGUGCCCACUCCCCCGGUCCAUUGCCAUACCGUCUCAUCUUCUGUCUAAAGAAAAAGAAUACAAAAAAAACCUCAUGCUGGUGUGCCCGCUCUGCUUUCUUCCUUAUGGAUUUUCGGAGAAACGGACGGAACCAAACAGCCCAACGGGAUUCAGGAAUCUGGAUGAACCUCCUUGGAAAAAACGGUUUUGAAACCCACAUCGUACGCGAACAUCAGCAGACUCUGCGUUGUCUUCAGUGGGCACAUCAGUAUUAUUAAAGAGGGGCUCCGCGAAUCACAGCUGUGUUCAUUAGUGCUAUGGGAUUUUACUUCUAUUCAAAUGAAGAAUGGACGACUCUUUCAAGUAAAACUAAGGAUUUUCACAAAGUGAACCCCACCCGGCCAUUGCCAUUAACCUCCCACCCCCCUCCCCUCCCUAGUUUUGAAGGUCACUCAAAAGCUACCUCUAACCAGGAUCUGCGCUUGAGUAAGACCGGUGUUUGCUGAUUAUUUCAAAAUAAAAGCGGCAGUGACAUAGCUGAAAAACUGCCAACACCUCCUACAAACACUCACACACAUAAGCAGAAAGCAAUUAUUUUUUUUCUUCCUUUUAAGAGUACUUGCAGCUAUUUGCACUUACAGUACAAAGAAAACAACGAUCAGACACUUUACUAACAUCACCCGCUGGCGCUCACAGCCGUUGUCCUCUCACCUCUCUCCGUUACAAUCAGACGCUUUAAGAUACUGAAUAGAGAAAAAAAAAAAGUUUGAAAUAUUUUUCUAAAUCUCAGACUCACAAGUGGGGACUUUAAAAGAUGCCAAAUGUUGCAUGUAACUCCUCUACUCUUUUUGUAUAAAAAAAGAAAAACAAGUGUAAAUAUGUAAGGACUGAGAGUCGAAGCCAGCUAACCAGCAGCAACAGGACAAUGACCUAAGAUGGGCGGGGCAGAGAUUUCCACCAAUCGGAGGGAGAUCCGGCAAAGUUCGAGCAUGCUUGUUUACAUGACUUGCUGGAGAGUUCAAGCAAGCUCUCGGUCUGGAGGCAAACUGAUGCAGGCCUGUUACAGCUUCUGACAACAAUAAAAAAAAAUGCAUUUCUUUCCAAGAACAGGAUUUUUUUUUUUUUUUUUUUAUUUUUUUUCUGGGGGGGGACAGAUCUGCCGUUUCUACAGGAAUUCAAGCUGUCAAAGGACAAUGGAAAGAUAAAGCCAACUUAAAAAAAAAAAAAAAAGCAAAAACAAUCUUAGAUUAUCUAAUUUCAGUUAGGUUUUGAUUUCACUGAGUUGCUUUUGAUUUUGCGUGGAGGACAAAGGAUGCGCUUGGGGUGGAGAGCCGCGACUCCUGGACUCCGCCUCGCAGGGCCAGCUCUGUCUGUGCGGGACCAGUGACCCUGGAGUCGCUUGAAGCGGAAGCUGACUGAAUCUGAGGAGCGCACGAUCUUGACCUGCAGCGGAGGAGCUUCUAAAGGACUUUAGCUCCUGGCCCUUUGAAGUAUCGAAGCCUUUUCUCCUGAAUUACCCUGUCCCGCUCUCGCACAUGCUUCACUCUUUCUCUUCAUAUAAAUGUUUUUUUUUUCUUCCCCUCCUUUCUGUAAUUUUCCUCUGAGUCUUUUUUGCUCUUGUUUUGCUGUGGUUUGGAUUCUGUCUCCAUUGUGUGUGAAGUCAUGAGUCCAGUCUCUGCGGGUUGAGUUUAAGCCCAAUUUUCAAUCCUAGUUUUGGUCUGAUGGAGUUCGUUUUCAUUAAGUUUGUUACUAAAUGUGUAGCAUUUGUCCGUGGGAAGUGUUGGCAUCAGUGCAAUUGUACUUCUUUUUUUUUUUUUUUUUCAG